UUCUUUCAACUUUAAACGUAGAAUUUAGAAUCAUUAACUAUUCACGAUCUUCAUGUGAUCGGAAUACAUAAAUGGAAGAAGCAGCAAACCAAAACCAUAAAGGCCACAUUGAAACCCAAACCUAAAAAGAUGGCUCCUAAUAAGUGAGGAUGACACGCUACAGUAGACGGUACUGAAGUACAGGGUCAUCUAUGUCAUUUAAACCAUAAAGCCUCGUGCUUUAUGCGAGCCAAAAGUAAACGAUGAUGUGAUUCACUCAUGUCUGACUCCCCUUACGAAUACUAUGUAUGGUUUGAUUAAAAUAUUAACAAGAAGCUUCCUCUACUAUGUACUACGUUGCCAUCAUUUCUUUAUCUAAGGCUCUAAGCAUCUUCAACUUCUCAAUUGCAGACCCUUUACCAGAAUCCUUUUAGUGUUUUAAGCUGGAAAAUUACAAGGUUUUAACUGUACCACACAUCCUUUGUUUGCUUUCAGAAUAUUCUUGAAUUGAGCAGCAGUAGAGGACCAAACUAUCUUUCCUGAAAUCUCAGUGAGGUGAGUGAGAUAGAUUUGGGAUGAGGAUUCUCUGAGAUCUGAAAUAUAUAUACAUACAUAUAUAUAUAUAUAUAUAAGACAGAAAAACAUGUUCAAGUCAUGGAGCAAGAAGAAAACGGUCAAAGCUGUAUUCAAAAUGGAGUUUCAGGCAACUCAGGUGCCAAAGCUGAAAAAAUCUACAUUGAUGAUAUCUUUGGUGCCAGAGGAUGUUGGAAAGCCAACGGUGAGACUAGAGAGAGCAGCAGUUCAGGAUGGAACCUGUUAUUGGGAGAAUCCUAUAUAUGAGAAAGUGAAAUUCAUCAAGGAUCCCAAAACAGGGAAUCUCAACGAGAAGAUCUACCAUUUCAUUGUUUCAACUGGAUCAUCGAAAUCUGGUUAUCUCGGAGAAGCUUCAAUUGAUUUUACAGAUUUUGCCGCAGAAGCCAAGCCAUCCGCUGUUUCUCUGCCCCUCAAGUUUGCCAACUCUGGCGCCGUCCUACAUGUGACAAUUCAGAAGAUGGAAGAAGCUACUGAUCAAAAAGAAGAAUAUAGAGCUCCAUCGCUUUCCCAUGACAAAGACCUGAAGAACCAACCGGGCAAUUGCAGUACGGAUGAAAACUUGUACAGUGUUGCAAAAGAUAGGCACCAGAAUGGAACCAUGUCUCAAAUAUCUGAACAAAAUGGCAUCUCCAGAGCAUCUACUGGUUCUAGUGCUACAUUAGCAUCAUGCUGGGAUACCAGCUCUAUACAAAGUACUCAACAAGAUCCUGGAUUGAGAAGUAAUAGCAUCCAUCACGAACCUACCAGCUUGCGCACACAUAUCAGACGGAACUCCAUGCCUCAGAAGGGAAUUCUUGAUUCCAUAAUCACAAAAACUCGUGUUCAUCGGAGGUCAAACACGGAUUGCUCAAUGGAUUCAGCUUCAUACGGAAGUUUAGUUGACUCAAUAAACAGCCCCGAGGACAACCUUCCAGGAGAAAAGUUGCAAGAGGCAUCAGAUGAUUCCAUCAAAAUACUCAAAAAUGAAAUUGCUGCUCUGCUGAGGCAAGCAGAAGUAUCGGAAAUGGAACUAGAGUCACUUCGGAGACAAAUUGUGAAAGAGAGGAAACAAGGAGACAUCCUAUCGAGAAAUGUUUUUAGCCUCAAAGAGGAGAAAGAUGCACUCAAAAUAGAAUGUGAACAACUCAAGUCACAACAUAAACGUAUUAAUGAGGCAGAAGCUCCAAAAACAUUGCAGUCUGAGAUUAAAGGUGCAAGAGUUCAAUUAGAAGCAAUGAGGCAAGAGCUUAAUUAUGAAAAGGAUACCAAUAAGGAUCUUCAGUUACAGCUGCAGAAGACACAAGACUCGAACACGGAUUUAAUUCAUGCAGUGAGAGAUCUUGAAGAAAUGCUGGAGAGAAAAAAUAGGGAAAUAACUGAUCUUUCCACCUCCAAUAUGAAUGGGGAUAAAAAUUCAACACUGGAAGAAUUGGCUAAAGAGCAUGAUAAUUCGGAGGAAGUAGAUUUGUUGAAGCAGAAUAUUAGAGACCUGAAUGGGGAAAUAGAAUUCUACAAGAAACACAAGGAAGAGCUAGAUAUGCAUAUGAAACAGCUAGUCUUGGACUAUGAGCUUUUGAAGAAGGAAAACCAAGAUAUCUCAUUGAAGUUGGAGAAGAACCAGGAACAAGAACAAAUGACACAAAAUGAAUAUUUAGCGGCUAUGGAAACAAUAAAAGGACUUGAAUCUCAGAUAGAGAGAUUAGAAGGAAAAUUCAAGAAGCAGACUGAGGAAUUCUCAGAAUCUUUGGUCUCCAUAAAUGAACUUGAAAUCCAGGUUCAGAAUUUAGAAACAGAACUGGAGAAGCAGGCACAGGAAUUUGAAGAAAAUCUCAAUGCCAUGACAUGUGCCAAAACUGAGCAGGAACAGAGAGCCAUCCGAGCAGAGGAGGGCUUGAGGAAGACCAGGUGGAACAAUGCUGCUACGGCUGAGCGUCUUCAGGAGGAGUUUAGAAGGCUUUCAGUGGAAAUGGCAUCUAAGUUUGAUGAGCAUGAGAAGCAGGGCACAAAAGCACUGGCAGAAGCUAAAGAAUUGCGUCUGCAGAAAAUAAAUUUGGAAGAACUGCUCGAAAAAGCCAAUGAAGAGCUUGGACUAAUCAAACAUCAGAAUGAAGUAAAACAGCAACAGCUUUUGAACCAAAUACAUUUAGAUGAAAAUAAGAUAGAGAAGAUGUCAUUGGAACUAGACCAAAAGUCCAUGCAACUCGAAUAUGCACAAAAGCAUGAUAGGGAAGACCAUGAGGCUUUCUUGAUGGAUAUCCAAAUGCUUAGAGCAGAGGUAGAAAGGCUCACAAAAGAAAAGUAUAACUUCUCUGAGCAGGUGGAUAGGGAACAAAUUAAGACAUAUGUUGGUGAAAAGGAGAUGCUCAUACAAACAUGGAACAAAGAAAGGGGUGAUUUGGAGAAAAAAUUAGGUUCAGCAAAGAAGGAAACAGAAAAAAUACAUGAAGAGCUUAUUGCUAUGAGGUCCUUAAAAGAUGAGAAGGAAGCGAUGAGUAAUGAUCUGCAGUCAGAAGUGGAAGACCUUAGAGCCCGGCAUAAUGAGUUAAAACAUGUCUUGGACAAAGAAGAAUUGGAGAAGGAAAACUUAAGGAGGCAAAUAUUUCAAAUUAAAUAUCAGCUACUGAAGGAAGAAGAAAUGACUGGUAUGGAGAAGAAGCUCAUGAACUGCAAUGGACAAUCUGAAGAAAGAGAAAAUGCCCAAGAAAACCCACUGCUUUCUAAAAUGGGCGCUACCGAAGACAAGUCAUUGCAGAAAGAAGAUAAUGUAGUACCACAUGAAAGGAGAGGAGAUAUCCACUCUGAGAAAGAGGUGAAGGUCUCCACUUUCUAUACUGGGGACAACAACAAUUAUACCAACUUGUUAUCUGAAGUGGCAUUGCUGAAGCAAAGGAACAAAUAUAUGGAAAAAGAGCUGAAAGAAAUGGAAGAGAGGUAUUCAGAGAUAAGUCUCAAGUUCGCAGAGGUAGAAGGUGAAAGGCAACAACUAGUGAUGACUGUACGAAACCUCAAGAAUGGAAAGAAGAAUUAGCAUUCUAUAACGUGAUGGAUAUAAGAGCCAUGGAGCCUCACAUUAGUGCCGCAGCAAGAUAUGGUUAAACAAUUGAGCACCAAAACCAGGUGUGACCAUUACCUUCAUUGAACUGUGGUCAAGAAAACAAUGUAAAGUUUGUGAAGUAACACUUCUGUACGCAAGAAAAUCUCUUGCGUCUCUUCCUGAUAUGCUCAGGCAGGAGAUCAAGGAUCUGCAUUCCUUUAGAUCUGGUCAAGAAGAAUGUAUUUUUUUCAAUUAUCAUCGACACAUUUCUUACAUGAUACAGCCUUUACUUACUCAUUUAUGAUAUUCAUCUGGAUAAUACAGUUGCAGGAGACACUAUCUAAUCUCUGGAAUUUGACACUGUAAAAUGUUUAUAUUGCUCAUAAUGACAGUGAAACAAAUAUUGAAAUGGUUUAUGAUUUCUUUUCUUAAAAAAUUAUAAGAUGACCCAAAUUACGGAAGUAACAGCUGUCAAUGAAUUCAUACUCGUACUAAACCGUUGGUCUUUGGUCCAAAUGGCAUCUCUAUCUGCCAUAAAUAAGGGUUGGAGGGUGAACCAAGAGUUUCAAAAACAGGUAUGUGUCUUGGAAUACCAAUUCAGAUUCACGUCAUAUAACCACUUAUAAAUAUCGAUACUAAGUUUGGUUGAGCAGAUUUGGAUUUCUCAUGGAAUCCCAAUACUGUGAAACUAUAAAUGCUUUCUCAAUAUAAAGGUUUUCUAUGUCCAGUUAAUUCUACAUUCUGGGGCUUAAGGAACUAUGUGAUUCCCAUAUUCACUGGCAUAUGACACUCUAAAAUGAAGAACUAUACAAAGCUGGGAUCUCAUUCCAUUCUAUGAAAACACAGCAUGAAAAAGAUCUCUUAAAGGUUUGUAGCCUUGUCAAAAGUAAAAAUAUCGACCAUGUUCACUACUAUUUUGAAGAGCUUCCAAAAAAUUAACAUCAGCUUCAUGUUUUCGAUGUAUGUUUAUUGACAAUAAAUAGACCAUGCGAGUAAAAGGAAAAGGAAAAAAAGAGAAGUGAAUUGCACCUCUCCACCAUUUGUAUAAAUACAAUUAGAGAACCUUUAAAGAUAGGAGGAUAUUGUUAAUAAUCCCAUACCGAGCAGCAUUGAUUAAUUGAACUUAAAUUAUAGGGGGAACAUUGCAACUGGCCUUAUAGUUUAGGGUAGGAACAUGGUAUUUACCAAAUAUAAUGUGUAGUAACAGAACUACUGGCGCAGAUUUUGGAAACUAUCAUCUAGAUAAAAUUGUCAACUUUUGUCCUUUAUUUCUGCCAGUUUGAAGUAAUUUGAGAUCUGAAACUAGUUUGACAUUUCAGUUGUCUGGAUCAGUUUGAUAUUUUAUUAUAUCAUGCAAGUUAUAAUCAAACUUCCUCACAUUAUAAGUCACUGAUUAAAAAAAACCUCUCUCACAUUAUAGGUCAACUAUCCUCAGGGUGUCCAUACCUCCUUAUUCGUACUGGUUUCUAUCUUUCACACCUCUUUUCUUGAUCUUUCCAUGUUUUCCAGUGCGCUAGUUCUUGCAAGAUUUUAAAUCAUCGGAAUCUUUGUAUACCUCCUGAGUACAUCGCUAGUGCCACGUUUAAGGGAAAUUUAUUCAAUCAGAAUCUAGUAAUCAGUUUGAGAAGGAGUUGACUUCUACUAAGUGCCGCAUAGAAAGACAGCUUUUAUGCAAAAUCGUUGAAGAAUGCCCAUUUGAGCGUAAACCAGAAUGCAUCAGUGAAGUCAGUUCAAUAGUAUUGGCCAUAUAUUCUAUUGUAGCAUGGUUAGACUAUCAGGUGUGAUGUUGGAGCUUACCAUUAAGAGACCAACUAUAGAUGUGCUUCAGACUGUGAUGUAACAUACUACUAAUAGCACGGCCAGUGUAUCAGAUGGGAUGUUGAA